UAUUUACACUUUUUAUCAAAAGAAAAAAAAAAAAGCACACACACAUCACACGCUAUUUCCAUAGAUAAGGGUUGUUUCCCUUUUGCUGCAAUUUCCCACGAAUAAUAGUUUAGAUAUACAUGGAAGUUUAAAAAAAAAAAGAAAAAACCUUUUUUUUCAGGUAUAAGUAGCACCUUUUCAAGUUGCCCUGAUUGCCGCAACAAACAAAUUAACAUGGCGUCUGACAUCCAAGAAACCCCAGAUGAACCUGUAACAAAAUCUUCUCAACAAGUCCAAGAAAUGAAACCCACUUUGAAACGACAUGACUCCAUGGAUCUAGAAUCCUCCCAACUUCCUGGCGGCAGCCAUGGCUCCAAGGACUUGAGUUGGUCCAUCAUCUUGCAUCUAGCAUUCCAAAGCUUGGGGGUGGUGUAUGGAGAUAUUGCCACAUCUCCUCUGUAUACAAUUUCUAGCAUUUUUUAUCAUGGCAGCAUCGCAAACAAUGAUGAUAUAAUCGGAGUUCUGUCUUUGAUUUGGUAUACACUCACGUUGAUCCCUCUAGUCAAGUACAUUUGCAUCGUCUUAUAUGCCAACGACAAUGGAGACGGAGGGACGUUUGCUCUGUAUUCGCUGAUAUGCAGAUAUGCAAAGGUGGGAUUAUUACCGAGUCAGCAAGCAGAGGAUGUUGAUGUCUCUAACUACCGACUGAAUUUGCCAAAGGAGAGUCGGCAAAGAAGGGCAUCGGCACUCAAGUCCAAGCUAGAGAAUAGCAAUUUCGCCAAAUAUUCCUUGCUCUUUGCCGCAUUGCUUGGUACUUCUAUGCUGAUUGGUGAUGGUGUCCUCACUCCUUGCAUAUCAGUUUUAUCAGCAGUAGGAGGCAUCAAGGAAGCUACUCCUAAACUGACAGAAGAUAUGAUUGCGUGGUUUUCAGCUGUCAUCUUGGUCAUCCUUUUCGCAGUUCAGAAAUUUGGAACAGAUAAAAUAGGCUACACCUUUGCUCCAAUUCUUUGUACCUGGUGCUUGCUCAUCGGAGGCAUUGGCCUCUUUAACUUCAUUAAAUAUGAUCCAACAGUCGCCAAAGCUAUAUAUCCUAAGUACAUUGUGGACUACUUCAGAAGGAAUCCAAAGGAAGCAUGGAUUUCCCUUGGUGGUGUAGUGCUAUGCAUAACAGGAGUUGAAGCUUUGUUCGCAGAUGUAGGCCAUUUCAGUGUAAAAUCAAUACAAAUUAGCACUUGCUUCGUCGUCUACCCUUGUAUAAUGUUAGCCUAUACUGGACAAAGCUCCUUUCUUCGGAAGCACCCAGAAUUUGUUACUGAUGCCUUCUACAAAUCUGUACCUGGCCCUUUGUACUGGCCAAUGUUUGUGGUGGCCGUUUUAGCUUCAAUCAUUGGAAGUCAGUCUCUUAUUUCAGGGACUUUCUCUAUAAUCCAACAGUCCCUCUCACUUGGGUGUUUUCCCCAUGUCAAAGUUGUUCGUACCUCAUCCAAGUAUGAAGGCCAAGUUUACAUUCCUGAAGUCAAUUACUUUCUCAUGCUGGCUUGUCUAGGAGUCACUCUUGGUUUCAGGACUACUGAUAAGAUCGGCAAUGCAUAUGGGCUUGCUGUGGUGUUUGUUAUAGGGCUCACUUCAUGUUUCACUGUUCUGGUUAUGAUAUUGAUAUGGAAGUCCAACAUAUUUGUCAUAAUUGCUUUUGUUGUUGUCAUUGGAUCCAUGGAGCUGCUCUUCUUAAGUUCUGUCCUCUACAAAUUCCAGCAAGGAGGAUACCUACCGUUGGCCUUUGCUGCAAUAAUGAUGACUAUAAUGCUUGUUUGGAAUACUGUGUAUCGGAGAAAGUACUACUAUGAACUCGAGCAUAAGAUUUCCUCUCAGAUGCUGAUAGAGAUGACAGCUAACACACACAUUCCUAGAUUUCCUGGGCUUGCGCUGUUUUACUCUGAGGUUGUUCAAGGUAUUCCUCCUAUCUUGAAGCAGUAUUUGGACAACGUACCGGCAUUACACUCAGUUCUUGUUCUUGUCUCCAUCAAGUCACUUCCAAUCAGCAAGGUUCCAGAUGAAGAACGGUUCCUUUUCCGGAGGGUAGAACCAAGAGAACUCAACAUGUUUCGUUGCGUCGUUAGAUAUGGAUAUAUGGAUUUACGGAAGGGUGCAGAACCUUUUGAGGGCAUGUUAAUUGAGAAACUUAAAGAGUUCAUGAGGGAAGAUUUUUUGUUAUCUCAAAAACCUGCUAAAAACAAGAAUAUUGAGGAAGAUGGAGAUGUAAGCCACAUUGACAACAAAGAGGAUCAACAAGAGAUGUUGGGGAGUGAAAUACAAGAAUUGGAGCAGGCUGCAAAAGCUGGUGUUUUUCACUUGAUUAGUGAGAAUGAAGUGAUUGCUAGCAAAGGAUCUAAUUUAGGAAAAAGGAUAUUGAUAGAUUAUGCUUACAAUUUCUUGAAGAAGAACUCCAGGAAGACUCAGAAAGUGUUUCACAUUCCUCAGCAGCGCUUGCUUAAGGUCGGCAUGAUUUAUGAGCUCUAAGUCCUGUUUGCCAUGCUAGAUGCUCUAAGAAGAUGAUGGUGUAAUAAAUCUUUAAAUGGUUGUAACAAACCAUCACCUUGCCUUGCCUGCCUGUGGCUAUAUUUUUUCUGUAACAGCCUCGUUUCCAUAAUAACAAUUUCUAUUGAAC